UUAUAGUUGUACAUGGCAGCGUCCUGUCAUGCAUGUGAGUGUUGUUUUGAUUCGCACAAGUCAGGUUUCUGGCAAAUAUGAGUAAAAUGUUGGAUGAUGUUGUGGAUAGUGGCGGAAUAGACGUGAUUAUUCAAAAUGAAAGCGACAAACCAGUGCCGCGGUGUCCACAUGGACCGGCUCUGUUGUUCGAGAAAACUGGCAAUGGAGAGGAGAAAGGAAGGAGAUUUUACGCCUGUUCUGCUUGUCGGGACAGAAAAGACUGCAGCUUUUUUCAGUGGGCAGACGAAAAGGUAUCUGAGGCAAGGAUGCUUGCCAGAGAAGAACAAAACCGCUCCAAGAUGCCUCUUUUCAGUCAUCAGGAAUACUGCUCUAGAUUUAGAGAGUUUGUUUCUCUUCCGCUGGAGCAGAGAAGGUUCUGUGUAGACUGUCAGCUGUUAAUUCUUCCUAGGGAAUGGGCGAAUCAUGCGAAACACAAGGCACUUUCUGAGGACAUCACGGUGCAGCGAUUGAAAAGGCCCAGUCUACUUCUGUGUCCUCUGGACAACAAGAAGAGUAAUGCACAGUAUCUGUUUGCGGACCGGAGCUGUCAUUUCCUCCUGGAUAUGCUCUUGGGGUUAGGCUUCCAGAAAAUUCUCUGUGUUGGGACACCACGAUUACAUGAGGUGAUAAAGUUACGGAAGAUGGAGGGCAAGAGUCCUACAAUGAAGAGUUUAUUGCUGGAUAUUGAUUACAGGUACUGCCAGUUUUACGCACAGGAUGAGUUCUGCCGCUAUAAUAUGUUCAACCAUCACUUUUUUGAUGAUGAGGAAGUGGUCACGUUUUUUCAGCGCUUUCUGCAGGAGGAGGGGGGAGCCAAGGUAGUCAUGGUAACAGACCCCCCAUUCGGGGGCCUAGUGAAGCCACUCGCCAACAGCUUCUCUCAGAUAGCAGUCUCCUGGAAAAAUCUGAAUAAAGUAAGCGAUGCAAGUCAGAUGCCAAUGAUCUGGAUUUUCCCAUACUUCUUUGAGUCCCGUAUCCUUGAGUGUUUUCCCUCCUUCUCUAUGCUGGAUUACCAGGUUGAUUAUGAGAAUCACCCUCUAUAUAAACAUGGAAAGACGGGCCGUAAGCAGUCACCUGUUCGACUUUUCACCAAUCUGAACCCCAAAGAAAUCAUUCUACCACAGGAUGAAGGUUACAGAUUUUGCAGUGUUUGUGAGAGGUAUGUGUCAGCAGAAAACAAACACUGUCCAAAGUGUGAGACAUGCCCAUCGAAGGAUGGCCGAGAAUGGAGGCACUGUGAUAAAUGUGGACGGUGUGUGAAGCCUUCAUGGCGUCAUUGUUCCUCAUGUGGUCACUGUACUCUCCCUGAUCACCCUUGUGGUCGGAGCCAAACUGGCUGUUUCAACUGUGGCAGCCAAAAACACAAACUUAGAGCUUGUCCUAAGAAACACAAUAAACGAAUGAUUGUGCCAGGCACACUCCAGGCCUGUUGAAACGCAUUGCUGGCAAAUCCAAAACUAAGAAGAAGAAAAAAAACAGCUUCUUGAUCUCGCAUACAGAGCAUUAUGGGUUUGAGCCAAUGAUGGGUUUGUGGCUGCUGAAAAUUGCAUCAUAAUCACCACCAGUGAGAUCACAGUGUGAAACGACUAAGUGGUGUUAAACUUACAUCUAUACAAAAAGGACGCAGUGUCUGUAUAGCCACAGCUGUCUUGCAUCCUGUUUUUGUCACAAGCUUAUCCUACACUAAAACGGUCUCAGUACAAUUGACGUUGUGUUAACAAACCUCAUCCACCGUUUGGGGUAAUAUCUCAAAGAAGCUUUGUUCCAGACGAUCUGUAGAUGAAACCUACCGUAUUAGUGGAAUUGAUGUCGUUUUUCAAAAAAUGACAAACAGAUGUCUUGUUAAACACAUCAUUUUUAAUAUAUUUAAAGAAACAAAUCUUGUGGAAACCAUGUCAUACUUCAUAUUUUUCUAAACAUUAAAGAAACAACUAUUGCCAGUUUUCCA